GAAAAAAGAAAAGGAGAUUUGAGUGAGUAAAGGCUCCAGAGCUCAGGAGUGGAAGACAAGGAGGAAAGCCAGACAGAAAACAGGUGGGACGCCGGGCCAGGCCUCCCAAUUAAGAAGGCAUGGGCCUCGUGCGAUGGGGGCUUCUGCUAGGUUGUCUGGGCUGCGCAAUUCUGCUCCGAGCUCGGGCUCAGUUUCCCCGCGUCUGCAUGACCUUGGAUGGCGUGCUGAAUAAAGAAUGCUGCCCGCCUCUGGGCCCCGAAGCAACCAACAUCUGUGGAUUUCUAGAGGGCCGGGGGCAGUGCGCAGAGGUGCAAACAGACACCAGACCCUGGAGUGGCCCUUAUGUCCUUCGAAACCAGGAUGACCGUGAGCAGUGGCCGAGAAAAUUUUUCAACCGGACAUGCAAAUGCACAGGAAACUUUGCUGGUUAUAAUUGUGGAGGCUGCAAAUUCGGCUGGACCGGCCCCGACUGUAAUCUGAAGAAGCCGCCCAUCCUAAGGCGGAAUAUCCAUUCCCUGACUGCCCAGGAGAGGGAGCAGUUCUUGGGCGCCUUAGACUUGGCCAAGAAGAGUAUCCACCCAGACUACGUGAUCACCACGCAGCACUGGCUGGGGCUGCUUGGACCCAACGGGACCCAGCCCCAGAUCGCCAACUGCAGCGUAUAUGACUUGUUUGUGUGGCUCCAUUAUUAUUCUGUUCGAGACACAUUAUUAGGUCCAGGACGCCCCUAUAAGGCCAUUGAUUUCUCUCACCAAGGGCCUGCCUUUGUCACGUGGCACAGGUACCAUUUGUUGUGGCUGGAAAGAGAGCUCCAGAGACUCACUGGCAACGAGUCCUUUGCGUUGCCCUAUUGGAACUUUGCAACCGGGAAGAACGAGUGUGACGUGUGCACAGACGAGCUGCUUGGAGCAGCAAGACAAGAUGACCCAACGCUGAUUAGUCGGAACUCAAGAUUUUCUACCUGGGAGAUUGUGUGUGACAGCUUGGAUGACUACAACCGCCGGGUCACACUGUGUAAUGGAACCUAUGAAGGUUUGCUGAGAAGAAACAAAGUAGGCAGAAAUAAUGAGAAAUUGCCAACCUUAAAAAAUGUGCAAGAUUGCCUGUCUCUCCAGAAGUUUGACAGUCCCCCCUUUUUCCAGAACUCUACCUUCAGCUUCAGGAAUGCACUGGAAGGCUUUGAUAAAGCAGACGGAACACUGGACUCUCAAGUCGUGAACCUUCAUAACUUGGCUCACUCCUUCCUGAACGGGACGAAUGCCUUGCCACACUCAGCGGCCAACGACCCUGUGUUUGUGGUCCUUCACUCUUUCACAGAUGCCAUCUUUGAUGAGUGGCUGAAGAGAAACAACCCUUCCACAGAUGCCUGGCCUCAGGAGCUGGCACCCAUUGGUCACAAUCGAAUGUACAACAUGGUCCCCUUCUUCCCGCCUGUGACUAAUGAAGAGCUCUUCCUAACCGCAGAGCAACUUGGCUACAAUUACGCCAUUGACCUGUCAGAGGAAGAAGCUCCAGUUUGGACCACAACUCUCUCAGUGGUCAUUGGAAUCCUAGGAGCUUUCGUCUUGCUCUUGGGGUUGCUGGCUUUUCUUCAAUACAGAAGGCUUCGCAAAGGUUAUGCGCCCUUAAUGGAGACAGGACUAAGCAGCAAGAGGUACACAGAGGAGGCCUAGCUCCUGCUGGGCCUGACCCGGAUGGUAACCAAAUACAUGUCACUCAGCUUGCCACAGGUGAUCAGCAUGUGCUCUUUAGUAGAGAUGAUGAUGCCCCCAUAGAUGACAGUUAUCUCUAGUGGCUGCUUUGCCUAUUGUACACAGACAAAAUGCUUGGGUCUUUCACCACUGUCAAAGUAAGGUGUGGCUGGUUAUAUGUGACCUUUGAUUAAAAGUCCUUAUAUUGA